AUGGAGCAGCAGGCCCUGAAGGCUCUGGUGGCCCCAAAUCUGAGCUUCCUUAUUGUGCUGAUAUGCCUUAUCUUCAGCGUGCUUUCUACAAUUGAACAGUAUGCAGCUCUCGCUACAGGAACAUUAUUUUGGAUGGAAAUUGUAUUAGUGGUAUUCUUUGGAACAGAAUACGUGGUUCGCUUAUGGUCAGCAGGAUGCCGCAGUAAAUAUGUUGGAAUAUGGGGAAGGCUUCGUUUUGCUAGGAAGCCUAUUUCAAUCAUUGAUUUAAUUGUAGUUGUUGCUUCCAUGAUAGUUCUUUGUGUGGGCUCUAAAGGUCAAGUCUUUGCGACCUCAGCUAUCAGGGGCAUCCGUUUUCUGCAGAUUUUACGAAUGCUGCAUGUUGAUCGUCAGGGUGGUACAUGGAGGCUGCUGGGAUCAGUAGUGUUCAUACACAGACAAGAACUGAUAACUACACUCUACAUUGGAUUUCUGGGCCUGAUUUUUUCCUCUUAUUUUGUGUACCUGGCUGAAAAAGAUGCUGUAAAUGAUUCUGGAGAAACAGAGUUUGGCAGCUAUGCAGAUGCCCUGUGGUGGGGAGUAGUGACUGUUACAACUAUUGGCUAUGGGGAUAAAGUGCCUCAGACCUGGAUAGGAAAGACCAUUGCGUCUUGUUUUUCAGUGUUCGCAAUUUCAUUUUUUGCACUACCUGCGGGAAUUCUCGGUUCAGGCUUUGCCCUAAAGGUACAACAGAAACAAAGACAGAAGCAUUUCAACCGUCAAAUUCCAGCUGCUGCCUCUCUCAUACAGACUGCAUGGAGAUGCUAUGCAGCAGAAAAUCCAGACUCUUCUACAUGGAAAAUAUACAUUCGAAAACCUGCCAGAAAUUAUCAUUUGCUGUCACCCAGUCCAAAACCGAAGAAAUCAGUGAUGGUUAAAAAGAAGAAAUUUAAGUUAGACAAGGACAAUGGGCCUUCUUCUCCAGACAGGAUGUUAACUGUUCCACAUAUCACUUAUGACCACGUGGCGGAGGACAGGAAACCCGAUUUCAGUUUUGAAACGUAUGAAAAUUCUGUGAAAAAAAGCCCGACGUUUUUAGAUGUGAACACAGGACCCUUCAUCAGGACCAACAGCUUUGCCGAUGAGCUUGACCUGGAGGGUGAGACACUGCUGACCCCAAUAACUCACAUCUCGCAGCUGCGAGAACACCACCGUGCUGCAAUUAAGGUGAUUCGUAGGAUGCAGUAUUUUGUGGCAAAGAAAAAGUUUCAGCAAGCUAGAAAGCCCUAUGAUGUCCGAGACGUUAUUGAGCAGUAUUCACAGGGCCACCUCAACCUGAUGGUGCGAAUCAAGGAAUUACAGAGGAGGUUGGACCAAUCCAUAGGGAAGCCGUCUCUUUUCAUCUCCGUGUCAGAAAAAAGCAAAGAUCGAGGGAAUAACACGAUUGGUGCCAGGCUGAACAGAGUGGAGGACAAGGUUACACAGAUGGACCAGAAGCUGAACCUCAUUACAGAUAUGCUGCAUCAUCUGGUUUCCCGUCAGCAGGGGGAUCAAGGGAACAACAGAUCAUCUCAGAGAGGCAACAAUGUCAAUUCGGAUCUUUUCCUGCCUAAUAACACCCUGCCGACCUACGAGCAACUGACAGUACCGAGAAGAAACGAAGAUGAUAUAUCCUGA